CCUCGUGGGGCUCCGAAGGCCGAAGCCACACUCAGGCGGGGAUAGAACCUUUAGGGCCUGCGUCAGCUCCAACUUCGGGCCCUCUGCGUCGUGGUCCGUGCCGCUGCCACAGCGUCACCGUCCCCCGCGCCCCCCUCUUUCCGCCUGCGUCCCUCAGGAGGCUGCAGGCCUUUCAUCUCCCGGGAGGGUCUCACCUUGGCCUUCAGACGCCCGCCCAGAGGGGCUGGAAGGGCAGAAUUAGCAUAAAGAAGAAAAGAAGCUAGACCACGUUCAGGCGGUAGCCCCGGGAAUCCUUGACAGGAAGCGUGGGGUUGCUGCCCAGCCUCCCACGCAGUGAAUUAUUGAAGUGGACCUUUUAGCUACUCCUUAAAUGCUAGCAUGAUGCUGAACCAGUUCUCAAGAAGUAGCGGGCUCUGUUUCCCCUCCCAAGGCGGCGGCGGCGGAGCGGCGGAGCCCCCCAAAUGGCCUGGCCAGAUGCGGCAGGUUUGCUGCUCAGCGCUGCCGCCGCCGCCACUGGAGAAGGCUCGGUGCAGCAGCUUCAGCGACAGCAGCAGCAGCAGCUUCAGCGACAACAGCAGCAGCGGCAGCAGCAGCAGCAAGAGGAGCAGCAGCAGCAGCAGCGAGAGCAGCAGCAGCAGCAGCAGCAGCAGCAGCAGCAGCGAGAGCAGCAGCAGCAGCAGCAGCGAGAGCAGCAGCAGCAACAGCAGCAUCUCCCGUCCCGCUGCGCCCCCAGAGCUGCGGCCGCAGCAACAGCCGCAGCCCCGCAGCCCCGCAGCCCGGAGAGCCGCCGCCCGCUCGCGAGCUGCAGCCGCCGGCGGCAUGAGGCGCGACCCGGCCCCCGGCUUCUCCAUGCUGCUCUUCGGUGUGUCCCUCGCCUGCUACUCGCCUAGCCUCAAGUCGGUGCAGGACCAGGCGUACAAGGCACCCGUGGUGGUGGAGGGCAAGGUACAGGGGCUGGCCCCGGCCGGCGGCUCCAGCUCCAACAGCACCCGCGAGCCGCCCGCCUCGGGUCGGGUAGCGCUGGUGAAGGUGCUGGACAAGUGGCCGCUCCGGAGCGGGGGGCUGCAGCGCGAGCAGGUGAUCAGUGUGGGCUCAUGUGCGCCGCUCGAAAGGAACCAGCGCUACAUCUUUUUCCUGGAGCCCACGGAGCAGCCCUUAGUCUUUAAGACGGCCUUUGCCCCCAUCGACACCAACGGCAAAAACCUCAAGAAAGAGGUGGGCAAGAUCCUGUGCACUGACUGCGCCACGCGGCCCAAGCUGAAGAAGAUGAAGAGCCAAACGGGGCAGGUGGGUGAGAAGCAAUCGCUGAAGUGCGAGGCAGCAGCGGGGAACCCCCAGCCCUCCUACCGCUGGUUCAAGGACGGCAAGGAGCUCAACCGCAGUCGUGACAUCCGCAUCAAGUACGGCAAUGGCAGAAAGAACUCACGACUACAGUUCAACAAGGUGAAGGUGGAGGACGCUGGGGAGUACGUCUGCGAGGCCGAGAACAUCCUGGGCAAGGACACGGUCCGUGGCCGGCUCCACGUCAACAGUGUGAGCACCACCCUAUCGUCCUGGUCGGGGCACGCCCGGAAGUGCAACGAGACAGCCAAGUCCUAUUGUGUCAAUGGAGGCGUCUGCUACUACAUCGAGGGCAUCAACCAGCUCUCCUGCAAAUGUCCAAACGGAUUCUUCGGACAGAGAUGUUUGGAGAAACUGCCUUUGCGAUUGUACAUGCCAGAUCCUAAGCAAAAAGCCGAGGAGCUAUACCAGAAGCGGGUCCUGACCAUCACCGGCAUCUGUGUGGCUCUGCUCGUCGUGGGCAUCGUCUGCGUGGUCGCCUACUGCAAGACCAAAAAACAGCGGAAGCAGAUGCACAACCACCUCCGGCAGAACAUGUGCCCAGCGCAUCAGAAUCGGAGCUUGGCCAAUGGGCCCAGCCACCCCCGGCUGGACCCCGAGGAGAUCCAGAUGGCAGAUUAUAUCUCCAAGAACGUGCCAGCCACAGAUCACGUCAUCAGGAGGGAAACUGAGACCACUUUCUCCGGGAGCCACUCCUGUUCACCUUCUCACCACUGCUCCACAGCCACCCCAACCUCCAGCCACAGGCAUGAGAGCCACACGUGGAGUCUGGAACGUUCUGAGAGCCUGACUUCUGACUCCCAGUCGGGCAUCAUGCUGUCAUCAGUGGGCACCAGCAAAUGCAACAGUCCAGCGUGUGUGGAGGCCCGAGCACGGAGGGCAGCGGCCUACAGCCAGGAGGAGCGGCGCAGGGCCGCGGUGCCCCCCUACCACGAUUCCAUAGACUCCCUGCGCGACUCUCCACACAGCGAGAGGUACGUGUCGGCCCUGACCACGCCCGCGCGCCUCUCCCCGGUCGACUUCCACUACUCGCUGGCCACGCAGGUGCCGACUUUCGAGAUCACGUCCCCCAACUCGGCGCACGCCGUGUCGCUGCCGCCGGCCGCCCCCAUCAGCUACCGCCUGGCCGAGCAGCAGCCGCUCCUGCGGCACGCGGCCCCGGGGCCCGGGCCGGGCGCGGACAUGCAGCGCAGCUACGACAGCUACUACUACCCGGCGGCGGCGCCGGGGGCGCGGCGCGGGGCCUGCGCGCUGGGCGGCAGCCUGGGCAGCCUGCCCGCCAGCCCCUUCCGCAUCCCCGAGGACGACGAGUACGAGACCACGCAGGAGUGCGCGCCCCCGCCGCCGCCCCGGCCGCGCGCCCGCGGCGCGUCCCGCAGGACGUCGGCGGGGCCCCGGCGCUGGCGCCGCUCGCGCCUCAACGGGCUGGCGGCGCAGCGCGCGCGCGCGGCGCGGGACUCGCUGUCCCUGAGCAGCGGCUCGGGCGGCGGCUCGGCCUCGGCCUCGGACGACGACGCGGACGGGGCGCUGGCGGCCGAGAGCACGCCCUUCCUCGGCCUGCGCGGCGCGCACGACGCGCUGCGCUCGGACUCGCCGCCGCGGUGCCCCGCGGCCGACAGCAGGACUUACCACUCCCCGGACAGCCGCGGCGCGCGCGCCGCCAGCAGACACAGCCGCGGGCCGCCCCCGCGCGCCCCGCAGGCCUCGGCGCCCCUCUAG